AUGUGUCCACCAUCACAAGCUCUACAUUUACCUGUUCCAUUUGGUGAACAAAAACCUUGUCAUAAUCAGAUAAUUUGUGUAACUAAUUUUGAUGGUGAAGAAAGAAAACGUGUAAAACAGUUAAUAACUAGUCUAGGAGCUAAAUAUACUGGGUAUUUAACUCAUACCAACUCAGUCCUCAUCUGUAAAAAACCUGAUGGAGUGAAAUAUAAGAAAGCUAAAGAAUGGAAGAUACCUGUAGUAAAUGUACAAUGGUUAACAGAUUUAUUGUGUGGUUAUCUUGAUGCUUUACGUCUACCUUUAAACCAAAAAUAUAAAAUACCCAACUUAGUUAAUCCCUUUAUCUUAAAUACUGAAUUAGUUAGUAGACUGUUAGUCAGUAAUACUUCAGCCGUUUUAUUUACUGGUUUCUCUUCUGUUAUAACCAAACAGUUACACAAGAUUGCUGAUCAUCUAGGGCUAUCAGUGGUACAGAAUGCUAAAGAUUGUAGUCAUGUUAUAAUACCAUCUUUAUCUAGAACUAUUAAACUAUUUGAAGCUAUUAGUGUAUGUAAAUAUAUACUGACUAGACAAUGGUUAGAUGAUAGUUUAGACCAGGCCAAGUUAUUAGAUGAAGAAAAGUAUAUGUUAAAAGAUACGAAGAAUGAAAAAGAAUUUAGUUGUUGUAUUAUUGAUUCUUUACAUAGAGCACAAAUUAAACCAUUGUUUCAGGGUAUGACAUUUUAUAUCACACCUAGUGUAGUUCCGUCCACUAAAGAUCUCACUCGUAUCAUCUCGAAUGCUGGAGGUACAGUAGUCAAUCGUAGACCCUCAGCUAAAACUAUUCUUACACAGCUUGAUGAUAAGGGUAAACCUACGUUUAUAGUUAUAACAUGUAAUAAUGACCUUCAUCUCUGUCGAGAUUUAUUUGCUCAGAAAAUCAAUGUUUAUAAUGCAGAGUUUGUAUUAACUGGUGUGUUAAGACAAGAAAUAGACUAUACAAUGUUUACAAUAACCAUACCGACCUGAUAUUAGCUGUAAGCAUAAUAGGUAAACAUAGAACAAUAGGAAUUAGAGAUGAAUCUGAGAUAUAUUCCAUACAUGACAAUCUAUUCAUCAUGAAUAGCCAAUAUCAACUUUGUCUAGGAUGUAAGAAUUAUAGGGCUAUAACAUUAAAUCAAUCUGCUUUUGGUCAACAAGAGGUUCAAAUUUGAAGAGAUAUUGAAAUAUUUUGGGCAUAUUGAAUGAAAAUAAUCAAGUAUUUAAUUGAAUGGUGUUUUACUGGGGUGUAAAUUCAUGGUGUUAUUUAGAUUACCAGUCGAUUGAUAUUUUGUUGAUGUUUAUGUAUUCAAUUUGUUAGGGGAUGGUGCAAAAAUUGAAAACUAGUUUGACAUGUUUUGAAAAUAAAUUAAUAAUGUUUCAUAUGUUUUUUUAUAAAAGAAGGAAUAAAUGGUGCCCAUGUGAAUAUAUUUAUGUGAUUUAUAAACUGUUGAUGUAUUUUGUAAAUAUUUUUGUAUUUUUAACUAACACGUGUGUAAUUCAAAUUUUAUAUUAAAAUAAUAAAAAAUAAAA